CUUCCUGUUUGGGUCCCCACCCAUUACAUUCGUUCAGGGCUGCAGUGUACAUUGUUGUCCCUUUCAGCCUCCUGGAAUCAACAUAUAAGGAUGCUACACCAUUUGUAAUGCACCCUUGAAUCUUCAGCUGGACCAUAUCCAUUUUUGCACGUAUAUUUAAUUGAUGGGAGAAGAACAAACCAAAGGCCGAAUGAACGGAGCAGCAUUCCCCUCUCCCACUGCAGAGAUGGCGGAGAUGAACCGCAUCCACUACGAGCUGGAGUACACAGAGGGCAUCAGCCAGCGCAUGAGGAUUCCAGAGAUGCUCAAAAUUGGCUCCUACGGUCAUGACAACCCCGAGGCAGGCUCACAUGACCUGCACAACAUCAUGAUGCAGGUCCCAGAGAGGAUCGUAAUGUCAGGAGACAGUGAGGACUCUCAGUUCCCCAGGCCCAGAGACCUGGACUUGAUCCAGUCCACCCCGCUAGAGAGCCUGUCCCUGAAGACCCCUCCUCGGGUCCUCACCCUCAACGAGCGGCCGCUGGACUUCAUGGAAAUGGAGCGCAGUGCAGCCCCAGCCCAGCCCAGUGAGGAGGUGCGUUCGCAAGGGCAGUUGCGGCGGGAACGUUCAGCCAGCGAGAACACCACUGUCCGUCACAAUGGCCAGAUUGCCAGAAACGAUUCAACUGUGACCCCGUUCCCCCCAGCCCCUCUCCGCGCCUUCCCCCCUCUUGCCAUGGCCGAGGACGAACAGAACCUGUACAGCGCUAGCGGCGUUCUCUCUUUCAUCCAGUCCACCACGCGCCGGGCCUACCAGCAGGUCUUGGAGGUCCUGGACGAGAACCACCGCAGCAAGCCGUCGCUGCGAGGGGGGUCUGCCUUGACCUCUAACCUCCUGCAUGAAUCCAGGCUUAACCUGGCCACUCUAGACACUACUCUGGAUGUCUCCAUGGCUCCUGAUGACAUGGCUGUCGUAGAUGCAGCAACACUUCGACGUCAGAUCAUCAAGCUGAACCGGAGGCUCCAGCUCAUAGAAGAGGAGAACAAGGAGAGGACCAAACGUGAAAUGAUCAUGUACUCAGUCACCGUAGCCUUCUGGCUUAUCAACAGCUGGGUUUGGUUCCGCCGCUAGAAUCCUUUCCUCAGAACCACUUCCAGAGAGUGGAGAACAAAGCCUCUGCCCUCCCCUUCUAUGUGUCAAAUGUUAGAAAAAUGUACUCUCUGCAUUUAGCCACAGUGCUGGACAGCCUUGCUCUUGGGCAAUGGGAUGUUUGUUUUCCUUGGGCAAUGGGAUGUUUGUUUUCCUUGGACAAUGGGAUGUUUGUUUUCCUUUAAUUUUAUUAUGUACUUGUAAUUAAUUUUUACAAUGCUAUAUAAUUAUUAUUUUUUGCUUAAGAAUCAAAGAAUGACUCCGCUGUAAAUACUUCUUCAUGUUACUCAGUUGUUAUCAUUGCUCCUGAGGUAUUUCCAACAGAUAAGAGGUCUAAAGAAAAGGAAAACAUAAGCCACGGUGGAGAUGCAUCGAAAUGGGUUAAAUAUUUAUUGGGAAUUGGAAUGAUGUGAAAAGAUUUUAAAUAUAUAUAUAUGUAUUGUGAAGUACUGCUGUUAUAUUGUAAGAUAAUACCUAAUGUAAAAUUGUCUAAUGGUUUUAAUUGAUGUAUAGUACUGCAAGGAAAUAUACAGUCACACUGUUGCUAUUACACCAUUUUAUUCAUUAUGUAUGGCCCAUAUCCACCAAGCCAUAGGCAUGAUAUGCUUUUUCUCCUCAUAUUUUAUCUUCAGUUACUACUUAUUUUUUUUACCAAGAACUUUCUGGCUGGAGCACAAUGUUAUCAAAUUGGUUGUAAUUUUCAGUUGUAAUGAACCAGCAUAUUAUGCUGAGAGUCAUGCAAUUUUAUUGGAAUAAAUGACAAAAUAGCUAA